AUGUCGACAGCUGUUGACUCGGCCAAACAGGCCCUCUCAGACGUCACGAAAGAAGCACAAACUCUUGAGAAGAAGGUCGAAGAAAAGCUGACUCUCCUUUGGGACGAACUUGCGCCCUGGCAGCAAGAUAAUCACUACAUUCACUCCGGCUACCGCCCCCAAUCAUCCUCUUUCUACAAGUCCUUCUCCUCACUCUCAUACUUGCACAACGAGACAGUCAACAUAUACACCCAUCUCAUCGGCGCUCUGCUCGCUCUAUUCGCAUCUGGUAUAUUGUACUCUGUGCUAGCUCCUCGGUAUGAGUCUGCUACACGGGAAGAUGUAUACGUCUUUGCAUGUUACUUUGCAGGCGCAGUCGUGUGUCUAGGAAUGAGCGCGACAUAUCACACCAUCCAGAAUCACUCACACGAGGUGGCUGUUUGGGGGAACAAGCUGGACUACCUAGGGAUCGUGGCAUUGAUCUGGGGAUCCUUCAUUCCCAUCACAACCCUGGCAGCAGCCACAUCAAUCGCCUGCACUCAUCAUAAACUCCGCACUCCAGCACUGCGCCCUUUCCGAGCUCUCAUGUUUGCGCUCAUGGGUCUGUCGGCCAUCUUCCCUGUUAUCCAUAGUAUCCGACUGUACGGCAUCGAGCAUAUGCGCAAGAGCAUUGGGCUUGAUUGGGUGGUCUUGCAGGGCGUCUUGUACCUACUUGGGGCGAGUAUCUAUGCAGCAAGAGUACCGGAGAAGUGGAGUCCAGGCAAGUUCGAUAUUUGGGGCUCUAGUCAUCAGAUCUUUCAUGUACUGGUAGUGCUUGCGGCAGCUAGUCACCUCGUAGGUUUGAUCAAAGCGUUUGAUUAUGAGCAUAGUCACAGGAUUGGGGUCCUGGGUGCAGGUAUUGGGAGGAAGGUGUGGUAA